UUGCUGACUGAAGCACUUUAAAGGACUUCUAUGUAAGCUGUUGGUGCUGUUAUUAGCAGUUCCUUUUUAAAAGUACCUCAAGACCCAAAGAGGAGUAUCUCGGAGAAUCCCCAGCCUAGAAGAAGAAAGCUUUGGUGUUACAGGAUGAUGGUGAUAAAACAGGAGUUGCAUGGGAGUCAGGAUCAAGAGGUGGUUCAGGUAGAUGGAAACCCAGAUGGAGCUCAGCCUCAAGGGGUGGUCCAGGAACACAUUCAGGUGAAUGAAAGCCCAGAAGGAACUCAGCAACUCCGUUCACCAGUACAGCUGGAACAAGGACACCAUCCCUCAGCAGCACAGCUACUGCCCACUGCUCAAGAGCCACAGGGAAGGAAUGAUAUCCAUGUGCACCCACAGAGCCAGCCAGUCCAAGGAGGCAUGGCCCCAAACAUGGGAGCACAGCCAGCAGACUCAGGGUGGGAGCUCCCAAAAGUGACUGUCAAGGUGCAGCCCCAGAACAUGAGCCAGGGGUGGGACUCCCCAGAGGUGACUGUGCAGGUGCAGCCCCAGAGGCCAAGCCUGAGAUGGGAGGCCCCACCAGUGACUGUGCAGGUGCAGUUACAGCAGGGGGGUCCAGGGCCAUCUCUCCCACAAGUUACUGUGCAGGUGCAGCCCCAGGAGCAGGGACAAGGCUCUGCUGGCAUCAAGGUCACGGUGCAGCUGCAGUUGGGCUGUGACCCAGAAGUGAUAACUUGCUUCCAGAACCAAGGUGAGGGAGUGCUAGAUAAUGGAGAACAGUGGACCCCUCAGAAAAAUCAGGGACAGAGAAGAUCUGAAGGUGGGAGAGAGCUUGCUGUGGUGGAACUGGUGCCACAGGGGGUUCUGAGCCAAAAAGAGGAUCAAGGAGGAAAAGUGGAAAAAGCCCAGCCAGACCAGAGCCAAGAGGAAAGAACAGAAGUGGUGGAACUGCAUGACAUGCAGGCUGGAGCCAAAGCAGACCUGAAUAGGAUGGUGACAGAGGAACAGCUGCAGCACCAGAACCAAGAGCAGGAGCAGCUAAAAGCAGACCUGCCUCUGCAAAAGGAAGACCAAAGAAGUACAGAGAUGAGACAGAAGCAAGGUAAUAUCCAAGAAAACCCCAGAGGGAUUGAAGAAGACCAGAAGGAAUACCUAGGACAAGAACUGCCUAAGAAACGUCCAAGACAGGCUCCAAAUUAUUUUGUUGCUAUUCCAAUAACAGAUGAUAAGGUACUUUGAAGUAGCUGUUCUACUAAAAACCUUAGGUUUAAUUUCUUAUCUUGAUGGCAAGGAUUGUAACAAGCCAAGAGUGAUCAAAUUCUGCCUGCUUACCCCAAAUGGUUUGUUGUGUCUGGGAUGGAGUUAACUUCCUCAUAGCAGCCCUUAGGUACUGUGCUUUGUUUUUGUGGCUAGAGCUGUGUUUAUACAUAUCCAUGUUUCAGCUACUGCUAGGAAAGAAAUUAAUCACUUCCAUGAUUGCCACUGCCCUUUCUAUAUGGUCUAAGGAGGUGUCUCUCAUUACUAGUAUCUCCAAUUCUGUAAUAUUUUUCAAAUACAAGACUGGCUUUCAUCAUUUUGUGUUGUACCACCCUACAUUUUCUUAGGGCUGUAUUCAGUACAAGGAUAUUGAUUUGUUUGUUCAUCUCCUUUUCCACUGAAGUUCACAAUGGAGAAUGAGAAUUUCCUUCUCCUCUGCAGAAGGUUAUAGAGAAUUGAUCUGUUUUUUCUUUGUCUUUUAGCCAAUAAAGUUGCCCUGAGAUCCUAGAGAGAUGGUUAAUUUCAAGAACCCAUACGUGCAGUCUAUAU